GGGAAUAAAAGAAAAGGAGCCACCUACCCCUACAAGGAAGUGCAGUGGCUUCUAGGUUUCCCACUUUCUAUGAGAUGCCUGUGCCUCUCAUCUCUCACAACUUCCCCACUACACCUUUGCUCCAGACUUGCCAAACCAGCUGGGCUCCGUCAUGCAACGAGGCCUUUGUAUGGGCUGCUCCUCUGUCUGGAACGUAGACCCACCCUAUCCCAACAUCCAUCUGUGCUGAGCUCCAUGAAUGCUUGUAUGAAAAAAGUAUAGUGUUGAACUUAAACAAAGUUGUGUUUUUCUCAAGUUGCAGCGGUAGCAGCUGGAAAGUACUAUGGCCAACAGUGAACGCACCUUCAUUGCCAUCAAGCCUGAUGGAGUCCAGCGCAACCUCUUGGGAGAGAUCAUCAAGUGUUUCGAACAAAAGGGAUUCCGCCUCAUUGCUAUGAAAUUAAUCCAGGCUUCUGAAGACCUUCUCAAGGAGCACUAUAUUGACCUGAAGGACCGUCCAUUCUUUGCCAGCCUGGAGAAGUACAUGCAGUCAGGGCCUGUGGUUGCCAUGGUGUGGGAGGGACUGAAUGUGGUGAAGACAGGCCGAGUGAUGCUCGGAGAGACCAACCCUGCGGACUCCAAACCUGGGACCAUCCGUGGGGACUUUUGCAUCCAAGUUGGCAGGAACAUUAUCCAUGGCAGCGAUUCUGUGGAGAGUGUGGAGAAGGAGAUUGGCGUGUGGUUCCAGCCCGAAGAGCUGGUGGAUUACAAGAGCUGUGCUCAGAACUGGAUUUAUGAGUGACCAGUGAUGAGGGAGCAGACCUCAGUGCUUUGCCCGUUCCAUUCCCUCUCCCUCCCAUGAGCAAGGGGCCAAGCUCUUGCAAAUCCAGUUAUUUUUGAGAACUUCCUUACAACCUGGAGGGGACCUCAUAGAGCUGGGCGUGCUUCCUGUACAGUAUUAUGAGCCGCCAUCAGAUUAAAAUGUUUCAUCCCAUUGUAAAACAAACAAACAAAACAAAAAACAAUGACAACAGAAGAGGUGCAUUUGAUUCCUGGCUCCAUUAACGACAGAUUAGAUGACCCUGGGAAUAUUUCUUAACCUCCUGGUAUUUCACCGUCAAACAUGGUGACUGCAUUUCCUAUCUUACAAGGUUGUGGUGAGGAUGAAAUAGUGUAUUUUAGUACAGCACCUGGUAGAUGCUCAGUAUAUGUUCACUGAAUCUAAAUCUCAUUUCUGAAAGGCAGUUUGUAAGAAGCAAUACACAGAUUAGAGAACAUUUGUAAGCUAGAUAUUUGGGGGUUCAAAUCUCUAUUCUAGCACUUACUAAUUGUGUUAACUUGGACAAGUUUCCUAUACUCUCCAGUCACUGGAGACAAUGUCAUCUACUGUACAAGCUCAUAUUUAGGCGUAAAUUUGUAAGUGCCCAUUACACUGAAUGUGUUUAAU